AUGACAGGUCAUAGCUACAGUAUCUAUAAUGCCGUCUAUGCCAUUGCACAUGCUUUAUUCAUCUUGGCCUCAUCCAGAACCCACCACAGAGCAAUGGAGAAUGGGGGCAGACUGGCUCCCCUGAACAUUCCCCCUUGGAAGCUCCACGCACUUCUUCAGAGAAUGGCCUUCAACAACAGUGCCGGAGAGGAAGUGACCUUUAACGAACAUGGAGAAUUGAACGGUGGAUUUGAUGUUACCAAUUUGGUGUCUUUUCCAAAUAAGUCCUAUGUCAGAGUCCAGAUCGGGAGGCUGGAUCCUCAGGCUCCGCUUGGUAAAAGACUUAUCCUCUCUGAGGAUAGAAUUCAGUGGAACAGACACCUCACACAGCUGCCUCCUUUCUCUUUGUGUAAUGACCACUGCAGGCCGGGUUACAGCAGGGAGAAAAAGGAAGGGGAGCCAUUCUGCUGCUACAGUUGUACUUCGUGUCCAGAAGGGAAAUUUUCAGACAAAGAAGACAAUUGCAUGACUUGCUCUGAGGGUCAUUAUCCAAACCUGGGGAAAGAUCAGUGCAUUCCAAAGCUUCCAAAUUUCUUGUCAUUUGCCCAACCUCUGAGCAUGAUCUUAGCCUUUUUGGCUCUCUCCUUUUCUCUGAUCUCGGCCCUGGUGCUUGCAAUCUUUCUAAAGUACAAGGACACUCCCAUUGUUAAAGCCAACAACCGGGGCCUCACCUACUGUCUACUCAUCUCUCUCCUUCUGUGCUUUCUCUGCUCCUUGCUCUUCAUCGGACAACCUAACAAAGUGACCUGCCUCCUCCGACAGACGACUUUUGGCAUCAUCUUCUCCAUGGCUGUUUCUUCUGUCUUGGCAAAAACUGUUACUGUCAUCAUGGCAUUUAUGGCCUCGAAGCCAGGGAACAUUCUUCACAAGUGGGUGGGGAAACAGUUGGCAUAUUAUAUUAUUAUCUCUUGCUGUUGUGUUCAAGUUGGUAUUUGUGCUGCUUGGCUGGGCUUUUCUCCUCCAUUCCCAGAUAUGGACACGGGUUCACUCAGUAGAGAAAUUAUACUGCAGUGUAAUGAAGGGUCAGUCCCCAUGUUUUAUUGUGUCUUGGGCUACAUGGGGUUUCUUGCCACCAUCUGCUUCAUUGUGGCUUUCCUAGCCAGAAAGUUGCCUGACAGUUUCAAUGAUUCCAAGUUCAUCACCUUCAUCAUGCUGGUCUUCUGCAGUGUUUGGCUGUCCUUUGUCCCCACCUAUCUGAGCACUCAAGGAAGAGAUAUGGUGGCUGUGGAGAUCUUCUCCAUCUUGGCUUCCACUGCUGGCUUACUAGGCUGCAUCUUUUUCCCCAAAUGCUAUGUCAUUCUGCUGAGACCGGAGCUGAACAGAAGAGAGCAGCUGAUCAGGAAAAAGCAUUAA